UGAAUGUUUUGUUGCGUAUCUUCUCUUUGAUUUGUGUUUCGAAAUAAUCUUGAAAGAAGAAAUUAGUGGCUUUUCACUUUUUACGAUUGUAUAAGUUAAGUUAAUAUUUUAAGAUUUCUUGCUUAAUAAGUCCCAUGUAUCAAUGGAGAUUUAUACUUUCGAUAAGAGUCUUCAAGAAAGACUAAUUGAAUUAACUGAAAUAUUAUCAAGCAGAGGUGAAAUUGUACCUGCAUCUCAAAUUCAGGCAGAGUGGUCUUAUCAUGUAGAGCUAGUAAUAGAACCUGUAGGAUGGCAAGCAUUGUGGAAAAUACCACGUUUAGUCUGCGAAGAUUUUCAAGUUCACUAUCCCACCAUAGUGGUGGUAGAAGUUGAGCAAGUAGAUUUUGCAGACUUAUCGGCAUUGGUUAAAAUUACUGCUGUUCAAGAUGAAAUUCAUCUACCUGAAAAGUAUGACGUACAGCUGGUAGAGCUUUAUCCAACUCAUAAUCAAGAAAACGAUGCCUUAGAUGUGGUAGGCACUGCGAGCUGCAUCGAUCAGUUACGAUUUUUCUACAGUUAUUUGUGGAUGCCAUGGGACAUAGAUGAUGAUGAUAAUACUGAUUGGGUGUCUGUACAUUUAGAAACAAGAAUACGGUUGUUCUUUGAUAUGAAACGAGGUGUAGUCAGUAAAGAAACUAGUGACAUUAUUAGGAGUUUAGUAAGGGAAGGACGAGAAGUUCAGCAGAAGAUAUCAAAAUUAGAAGACACUAUUUCCGAAGGAGAAGAAUCACAUGAAGAUGUUGAUGGGGGAACAGCAUGUCAGCUGAUGAAACUUCACUUUAGGUUGCAGCAAAUUAAGAGAGAAGUAGAAGUUCUUGAAAAUCCUGCUAUGAGAGAAAUCCUUGUGAAGAAUCGAAAUUCAUCCUUAAAUAAUGACCAAAUACAGAGGCGCCAUAGCAAAGAAAAAUCCACAGAAGGUUAUUUUGUGUGGCUAGGUGGUACUCUAGAAGAAAUGAAGGAAACAAUAAGUAAAAUUCAAGCUUCUUUGUCUGCAGACUUACAUUUUAAAAUAUCUGGAUCCUUACAAGAGACUCUGCAUACCAGUGAUGCUGGAGAUGUGAUUGUAAUUGGAGAAGGAACUCAUCUGAUAAAUGGUGCUGGUAAUUUGGAAGAAGGAGGUACAAUUAAGGGAGUUCAUAACGUAGAACGCACCAUUCUUUCUAUGAAAGAUACCGAAACGGUGCCAUCGUUGCUCGACUUCUCCGGUAGCGAAGUUUUAUUAGAAAGUAUUACAAUAGAUGUGGGUGAUCUCAGGGCUGGUGUAAUAGUUAGAGCUGGGACUACUAAAAUAGUUAAUUGUAAAAUAUGUGCCAUGAAUCAGAGUAUAGUCAAACUAGGAGUUGCUGUUUUACCUAAUGCGAAACUGAUAAUAGAAAACACAGUUUUUGAUGGUCUUGGAACUGCUUCAGUUAUUUACAGUAAUGGAGAAAUACUUAUGAAUAACUGUAGUUUCAAAAAUUGUGCUGAGGGUAUACAGCUCCACGACAAUACGACAUUGAUAGCGAGGAAUUGUUUUCUGGGAGAGUUUAAGGAGUACGCUAUUCGAUUGGAAACGCAGAAAUAUUUACAUAGUUCGGAAAGCAUAUGCGGUGGCCCAGAAUUAUUACAAAAUAUACCUGAAAUCUCGUUGAACGAUUGCAAAUUCGGAGCCAACGGCAAAGGACAUGUUAUAUUAAAACCUAGGACAGCGUUCUCUGUAAUGACGAAACAAGACGGAACCACAAAUAUGGAGUCUUGAAGUAAUUUGAUCAGUCAAAAAUUUUCUAUUUUUAUUAUGAAAGUCCAUGUAACUAUGAUACUCUUACUGAAAUAUAAGAAUUUUGUAUUUUCUUUACG